CAACAACUCAAGUCUUAGACAUCACCAUGGCAGCAGCAGAAAAGUCUCAACCCUCUGAUCUUCUGGUUCUUCCCAAGUACCUCCAUGAAGACGAAGAGCUAUCCCAAGAAUGCAAGGAUCUCAUUGCUACCUUACCCUCUGAAUCGGAUUGGAUUAACAUCAAGCUCCAUCAAUACAAUGGCUUCUGGUUCACCGAAAGGCAUUUGCAAGGAUUUCUCAAUUGUCGAAACCACUUUCAAGAUCAUGAUUCUGACAUCCUCCUCGUCACCUCACCAAAAUCAGGCACAAUUUGGCUCAAAGCUCUCACAUCUGCGAUUCUCAAUCGCAAGAUCUAUGACCCAAACCAACACAAAGAUCCGACCAGAACUUGUCUCCUUCACCCUCUCCUUACUACUAACCCUCAUGAUCUUGUACCUUUCUUAGAUGUCAAUCUCUACUACGAAGAAGCCAUGCCUGAUUUUAGCUCGUUCCCAUCACCAAGGCUCCUUUCAAGCCAUCUCCCAUACGCUUUGUUCCCAGAAUCUGUGAAGCGAUCAAAAUGCAAGAUUGUUUACUUGUGUAGGAACCCUAAAGACUUGUUUGUCUCGAUGUGGCAAUUUGCAAACAAGUUAAGACCAGAAACCCGAGGAUCGAUUUCAAUUGAGGACUCAUUCGACAAGUUUUGUCGGGGAAUGAAUAUUUUUGGACCGUUUUGGGGUCACAUGUUGGGAUACCACAAGGAGAGUCUAGACAAGCCGGAGAAAAUAAUGUUUUUGAGGUUGGAGGAGCUGAAGGGUGAACCAGUCAAAGUUUUGAAAGAACUUGCUGAGUUUAUAGGAUCUGGUUUUUCUGAGGAGGAAGAGAGUGAUAAUGUUGUGGAAAAUAUAUUGAUGCUUUGUAGUUUUGAGAAUUUGAGUGAUUUGGAAGUGAAUAAGAGUGGAAAAGUGAGGUUUGGGAUAGAGAAUAAGGCUUUCUUUAGGCGUGGUGAAAUUGGUGUUUGGAAGAAUUUUCUUACAUCUGACAUGAUCGAACAUCUUGAUGUUAUUAUUCAUGAGAAGCUGGGGAAACAUGGAUUGAAGUUUUAG